AUGAUGCUCGACCAAGAAAAUCAGCCUAAUCUUCCAAAUGGAACAGAAUCAUCAAACAGUUCAUUUCAAGACAAGACAGUCAUAAAAAAUGGUGGUUCAGGCAAUAUUUUCAGUAGUCAUGAAGAAUAUUUAGGUGAUGUGUCAUUGGGUGGUUUUAACGUUUCUCAGCUCACAAACAAAUUAGAACGUCUAGCUUUAGCUACUCCACAAGUGUCAAAAAUCAGACCUGAUAGUAUAGUGAUUGAAGACGAUUUUGAUCUUAAAGAACGUCCAGAUUCAGCUGAUUCAGAUAGCGGUAGGCCUGUAACUUCAAAUGACAGUUCUAUUUACAGGUCAUUUGUUACAGAUUCUGUUGAAAACCAACAGUUGGAUAGUUUAGACUUUUCUUCAACUAUAUGCAACGAAGACAUUAAUGACUCGGGCAGUAAUAUCGAAUCAAUACAUGAAAAUUUAACAUCGGUGAAUUUGGAUUUAGUUAGCUCUGAUUUUGAAGACUCUUCGCAUAAUAUAACUCUACAUUCUUUCUCAAACAAAUCAUCAGAAGAAAUAUCACAUCAAUUAAAUCCAGACUUGAUCAAUUCAGCACAGAAACUAAAUAUUUCGCUAAUGGAUGGUAUAGGAUCAGAAAAAAUAUUCCAGUCAAAUAUUUUUGAUAGUGAAAUCAAAAAUUCUAGUGAAGCAGGACCUGUAAUAGCUGAAGGUUUCAAUUCAUCUGCUGGGUAUAAUUUUGAUAAUCUAGAAGCUCUUGAAUCCGUGAGAUCGUUAAAUGAAGAAGAUAUUAGAAGGUUAACUAUUUCCAGAAAAUCUUUAUAUGUAGCUUUUGACCCUAUUGUGAAAAAAUCUAACGAGGAGUCCAAUGCUCGGAAAGAAGCAUUUGAAAAUACACUAGUCACAGAUAAAACAGUAUUGACUAGUUCUCCACAAUCUAGUGGCUCUAACAAAUCUCUGAAUAUUUCAGAUACCAAAAUGAAUCAGUCUAUUACCAAAGACGAGAAAAUCAGUAACAGUUCCAAUUCCAAAACUAAUGACAGAGAAAAAUGUUACCAAGAUAAAAUAGAAAAGUUGGAAUGCGAAAUCAAGAACCUAAAAAAUGAAUGUAUUGCCGACAAAGAAAAAAUUAAAAACUUGACCAAUUCAUUAAUAUCAGUAACUAAAAGUAAAGAUCAAUUGAGUACUGUGAUUGGAGAAUAUGAAAAAACCAUUUCUGAUAUGGUCUCUAAAAAAGAAGAUGUACAUAAAGAAUAUGAAGCUCGAAUUGCGUAUAUUGAAGAAGAAAGAGCAAAAAUGGAACGUCACCUCCAAAAUUCAGAAUUGGCAUUCAAUGAUGUUCACGAAAAAUAUAACUCCUCAAAGCAAGUAAUAGAGGCAAUGAAAGAAAACGAAACAAAAUAUAAAAACUGUAUUAAAGAAUUUGAAGAAUCUCUCAAAAAGUAUGAAGACAAAUAUAUGAGGUUAAAAAUACAUGCCACCGAACAAAUGAAUAAAGCCACUGAAGAAAUAAAUGAUAAGGAGAGAUCAUUUGAGGCAGAAACUUCAAAAAUGAGAAUAAUGAACAAACGCUUAGAGGUGAAAGUCAGAUCAUUACAGGAGUCGUUAGAUAGAAAAGACGUGGAAAAUGCUGAGCUAACUAAUCUUUGUGACGAACUAAUAGGGAAAUUAGAUAGAAACUGA